AUGGCAGGUCCUACCGUUCACCAGGGGCCCCACUGCGGCCAUGGCUCGCUGGCCGAUCCUCACUGGCACUGCAAGUUCUUCAGCAUCUGGAAGUCAAGGGAGAAGCUGACUCCUUUCCACUUUCAAGUGCCUCCCUCCUACAACUUCUCUCUUCCCACCUGCAGCAACUAUCACCUGGAUAGCCACGAGGUCUGGGGCCCCUUCAGCGACAUCCGGAGCACGCGGGACUUUGAAUGGCACGGGAACUACGUGGAGUCCAGGCAGCUGCUGCAGGACAUUUUGAUCCACGACGUGAUAGGAGGGGGCACGCCCAACCGGCAGCACCCCUGGAUAGUCUACACGGCAGGGGCGAUGGGAGCUGGUAAGAGUAGGACGAUUCACUGGAUGUCGGAGCAGGGGCUGUUCCCGCUCCCCGACAUCGUCCAGAUAGAUCCGGACUCCUUCCGGGAGCGCCUGCCGGAAUGGCAGGGGUACAUCGAGCGUGACCCGAGCAUGGCGGGGCGGCUAACGCACAAGGAGUGCGGGCUGUGUGUGGAGAUUGCACAGGAGGCAGCGCUGCGGCAAAGGAAGCACAUCUGGGUGGACGGGAGCCUGAGGGAUGCGGAGUGGUACACGAGAGUGUUCAACGAUAUCAAGAAGAGACACCCUGAGUACCGCAUCGCCAUCCUGUACGUGUAUGCCUCCAUGGGCUCGGUGCUGGAGAGGGCGAAGCUGAGGGGGAGGCUGACGGGGAGGGUCGUGCCUGAGAAGGACAUCCUUGACUCUCUGCGGAGGGUCCCGCUAGCUGUGGAGCAGCUAGCGUCGGAGGUGGACUUCCUUGCAUGGAUCUCCAACGAGUCCGACCAGGAGCCGAAGCUGCGCCAGAUCUGUAACGAUCAUAUGUGCAAGUUCCUCAACGGAGACGACUGGGACGAGGUCGUCUCGCGCUUCGGCCACUUGCACAGUGAGAUGGACAGGGAGGAGAUCUGUCGCCAGCUGGACCGCCACCUGGGCGGAUCCUCGUCGAGGGAGGACGCGCUCAUGAUUUUCAGCAAGUCCUACUGCAGCUUCUGUAUCAAGCUGAAACGGGCGCUGAAGAUGGCAAACAUUCCCUUCAAGUGCAUAGAGUGCGACGAGGUGAGUUGGAGCAAGGAGGAGAGCAGAUGGUGUUGA